AUGACGGCUCCACAGGUGCUGCCUCAUACCUUACAGACGUGGCAGCAGCAACACCAACAGUUACUGCAACUGCUGAGAAGGGACCUUAACAGACUAACCGACAGCAAUACGGUGAUUCGCUUUCGUGGGGUGAGGGGCAUCCUCCGCGUGUACGAAGAGGAAGCUGCGCGAAGAGCGCCGGGGAGUGACCAAGCUACCACAAGUAGCAACAGCCAUCAAGGCCUCAGAGGGGAUCCUAACUGCUCACCUUGCGCCUUUUCAGGAGUGUUCUUGAGUAAUGUUUACGCCCCAGUCUCUGUCUUGUGUGCCGAUGAAGCAUCAGAGUCUUGCCGGGCAACGGCGUUAGAGCUCGUUCACGUCAGCAGUGGCAACUCAGAAGCGGCAAAGCCUCUAGUAGCAGUCAUAGCAGAAAGACUAAAAGAGUCCUCUAGAGAAGUGGAAAAAAGCGAAGAGCUCAGAUUCACUAACAUGCAAUUCCUGCAGCACCUAUUACAGCACGCCGCAGACCCGCCCGUUUGGAACUGCAGUCGACGCCAGCACAAUCAGCAACCCCAGGCAGUAUCUCUAAGCGAAAGGGGCUGGAAUGCAACAGAAUUUGCAGAUUGUUUGUUGGCUGGGGUUUCUAGCGCACUCAAAGACAAAAGCCCGUCCAACGCCAUCGAGGCAUGCCGGCUCCUGUCGGCAAUUUCACAAAAGGUGGAAGUAUCUGUGUUGCUUCAGAGCUGCAAACAGUUGCUGGAUCGCCUCGUUAGUUGCCUUUUCAGACCCCAACGGGCAGUUAGAUGGGUAGGUUCGAAAUCACAUAGUACAUUCGAGAACUCACGACUGAGAAUGGUGCAAAUGCUGAAACGCUUGGUACAAGACAUGUCUCCCCGGGUCUUACUGCGAAAGAAAGUGCUCCCUCACAUUCUGCAACUGUUCCUGCUUCUGAUGGGGGAUAUAGACCAAGCAGUUUCCCAGGAGGCAGGCGAAGCAUUGCAUAGCGUCGCACCUCGGUGCGUUUUCCUAUCCCGGAGAAGAGAACAACAUCGACAUUGGACGGCAGAACAGACGCGAUCGGGAAAACUCAGCAGUGAAGAAGAGGCGUAUACAAGCGGCGAUACAAGCGGCAGUGAAGAUAUUGUAGGAGAGCCCAAAGAUAAAGUGCCACAGAGAGCACAACUCACUCUCUCAGCCCCUUGCGAAACAGGCGCUGAUACCUCCGGAGUUUACAACUCAGUUCAGAACCCUAGGGAGCCGGCGACUGAACUGGCAGGACUGCACUUGAAAGAAUUACUGGCUGACCUCUUACCUCGCCUGACAAGUUGGUCUACUGAUGAACGACUUGCUUCCCUGAGGGCUCUCGCCGCGCUAAUGCCGAUUAGCGGGCCUCGCCUGCUGCACGAGCUGCCGCACCUACUGUUGCAGCUUUACGAAACUUGCUCUAUUGGAGAAGGAGGACCUCCAGCAAGCCGGCAGGAUGAGCAGCAGCAGGCGUCCGCUCUGCUACUGCUUGUCCAACACUCAAUUUUAAGGGAAAUGAACAUUCAAAGCGUUGCAGGAAGUGUCUGUAAUGGCGACAGUGUCAACGAGCCGUGGCAUCGCGGGGGCCUGCAAGAAUUGGGAGCCUGUAGUUCUCUGUGCAACUCUCUCGAAGCCGUCGAGCUUGCACUCCAGUGUACGGGGCAGGUUGCUUUGCUGCUGCCUCCAUGUUGCUGGCUUCCCCUGAUCGCUGUCCACCUAGGUUUACAAAAAGAAGUUCACCUGUACAUACAGGACAAGGAAAGGGCACUGGCGAUUGCCGUUGCAGAGAAGACGGAGCGCCAAGUAGAGAUGCGUUCAGAGGGUGCUGCUCAAGAGGAGAAAGAGUUUCUGCAGAUGUUUCCCGGAGGGUACAAAUUUGUAGUUGAUACACUCGGGCUGAAUGCACCCAAGCAUUUCCAAAAUCAGCACAUGACGGCCCUGGGCGCUGCCCCUGGGAAAACCUCUUCCGCAGUAAAGCAUAUCUGCUCUUCCGAAUCACGAAAACAAGCGCUGCUGCUUCUAGCUCGCCUUUUAAGAGGGCUUAAGAGAUAUAACAGGAAUGAAGGACAGCAGGAGGUUAAGAAACAGCAAGUGCACAUGGGGGUUGCGAAGGAGACUCACCGGGGGGUCUACAGUUUAGGCAGAGAAGAGCUCUGGCUGUUAGUCCGAAUAAUAGAGCAAGUGCAAGGACCUGAAUGCGGCACAGAUAGCGAAGACAAUAUGCCCUUUACAGCUGCUCUUCUUUUACAGCUGCUGCAUGCGGCUGGCGAGCUAUGUCAAAUGGAGACGAAGAGCCUCUUUGCAGCUGCAUUGCUACAGCAGGUCGACUGUCGAAGUCACCAAGAAAUAGCGCGAGAGAUGGUGAAAAGUGUUUGCGAAUACACUGGUGAACAACCACUGAAGCUGUAUCUUGUUUUUCUUGACGACCUCGUUUCCAGCGAACUGCAUGAUGACUGUCUUGGAGAGGACGGUGCUAGUACACUGUCUCCAAGAAUGCAACCAACAGGAAGUUUGCAAGUGCUGUGGAGUAGCAAUAAUGCGCGAAGGCUGUUGCUGCUCCGAGCCCUCCACGGGGCACAGGAAGCUGCAGAUUCCGAGGAGUCUCCAACUGAUUUGAACUGCCUAAACAUGUGUAACCUUGUAAAACUUCUACAGAGACAAGGAACCGCGCAGGAAGCUACAGCGCCAAUGCGCGGUGAUAUCCUUGGAGCCUGCCUGGCACUCUUUUCUCUCCGGUUGUUCAUACCACUUGCACGGCCUUAUGGGGGCUGGCUGCUGGAGCAUCUACUGGUACCCAAUCUGCGCUGGCGGCCCGGAGAAGCAAAUGCAAAGUUGCGCAAGGUCGCCCUUCUAUGCGUUUCGCAAAUAAUUCCCACGCUGUCAACAAGCCACAUCCCGCCCAUUUCCAGACCCCACAAAGAAAAUAAAGGGGACUAUGAAAACUCACAGGAUGAAGGUUUCAAUGAAGUGGGAGCAGCCAACCACCUGACAGCAGCCACCGACAGGCGAGACCGGCCUCCAGCAGAACCGCAGGGGUCAAAUGACAGCCAAGUGAAAGUUAGGCCGGUCAUAGCGGCAGUUUCAUUACUUUCCCCUCUGUUGAUAUCUUGUAUGGAUGAUGACUGGAAUGCUGACGUCCGUUCUUUAGCAGUUGGAGUUGUCCGACAGUUGUUUUUGGACCUUCACGUGAGCCUGAUGCCCUUGCUGGGUGCAAGGGUAUGA